ACCCUUCUGCUACGUGUAGCCCUAGCCCACAUUUGCAUUUUGCCGAGGCGCAAGUUCUGAAACAUGGCCACCCGAUCCCUGUGGCGCACAGGAAGGAACCUCGCGGUGUUCUCUGCCACCGUUUGCGGAGGCAGCGCCGCGGCCGCUGUUGCCACCUCGGAAGAUCCGGCGAAGACGCUGAAGCUCCUCACCGCUGUUCCUAUCCGCCUUUUCCGCGACUCUGUCACCGCUGCAUCCAUCGUCUUUGAUUAUGAGUAUUCACUAUGGGGACUACGCGAAGGUAGUGUUGAGAUCUCAAAAGUUAAACACGAAGUUCACCUCAGGUCCGCACGCAAACUUCAAGAACUAUGCUUCAGAAAUGGAGGAAUAUAUAUCAAGCUUGGUCAACAUAUUGGGCAGCUGGAAUAUUUGGUUCCUCAGGAGUAUGUCCAAAUUAUGAGGGAGUCUAUGUUGAAUAAAUGCCCGGUGUCUUCUUAUGAUCAAGUAAGCGAAGUCAUUAAGAAAGAGCUGGGAGAGACACCAGAUAAAUUAUUUUCUGAAUUUGAUCCUGCUCCAAUAGCAAGUGCUUCCCUUGCACAAGUUCAUGUUGCUCGCACACAUGAUGGCCAGAAAGUUGCUGUGAAGGUUCAGCACACUCACAUGACCGAUACUGCGGCUGCAGAUCAUGCCACUGUGGACUUGAUUGUGAAAACCAUACAUCAUUUUUUUCCGGCUUUUGAUUACAGGUGGUUGGUUGAUGAAAUUCAUGAAAGUUUACCCAAGGAACUGGAUUUUUUGGUUGAGGGGAAGAACAGCGAGAAAUGCUUGGAUAACUUUAGGAAGCUGUCUCCUCAUAUUGCAGACUAUGUAUAUGCACCAAAGGUAUAUUGGAAUUUAAGUACCUCAAAGUUGUUAACCAUGGAAUUUAUGGAUGGUGCACAAAUAAAUGAUGUGAAGAACAUUCGAAGGCUUGGAAUUCAACCAAAUGAAGUUGCAAAACUAGUUAGUCAAGCUUUUGCUGAGAUGAUGUUCAAACAUGGGUUUGUGCAUUGUGACCCCCAUGCUGCCAACCUGCUAGUUCGUCCUUGGCCUUCUAGCAAAAAGAGCAUUCUAGGUAAGAGAAAACCACAGUUGAUACUUCUAGAUCAUGGAUUGUAUAAAGACCUUGACUUCUACACUAGAACCAACUAUGCUGCACUUUGGAAGGCAUUAAUAUUCGCUGAUGCUAAGGCAAUAAAGGAAAAUAGUGUAAAAUUGGGCGCUGGGGAGGAUCUUUAUGCACUAUUUGCAGGAAUUCUUACUAUGAAGCCAUGGAAUCGAGUUGUUGACCCAGCCGUUGAUCAUUUAGUCAUUCAAGGUGCUGAUGGUGACCGUUCAGAAUUACAGAUGUAUGCUUCUCAAUAUUUCCCUCAAAUAUCGGAACUUCUGAGGAGACUGCCACGUGUCAUUCUGUUAAUGCUGAAGACAAAUGAUUGUUUACGAGCAGUUAACAAUUCUCUGGUGCAGGAAUCUUCUCUUCAGACAUUCUUCGUCGUUGGAAAGGUCUCUUCGGAGGCAGUGAUUGAGGCAAAGCUGUUACAAAGGAAAUCACUGCUAUGUUGGUUGAACGUCUGGUUGGAUGAAAUGUUGUUGGAAGCUCGACUCUUUGGAAUGCAGAUAGCUUUGUGGCUCUUACAACUCAGGAAGGCUCUGUCCUGGGGAAACUGACAUAUAGGAAAAAAAGUUUUUUUUUUUCCCCUCACGAUCCAGUUAUUUUUCUUUCAUUUUUUCACACAAACUUAGGCUCUUAUUCUUUGUCUCCGUGGUGAAAUCUCAACCCUCUACUUGCAGGUUUUGAGCACGGAUUGACAGGUUGAAUUUUUUUAUAGAGGAAAAAGAAAGAAAGAAUAUAGAUUUUUUCCUAUUUAUAGUUUAGGGCCUGAAAGGCCCUCAGCGACUCGGUGGUGUAAAUCCCCAUCUAUGAGACAAGUGAGAUUUUUAAGGACAAUAUUUAGUAGGACAUAAGAAAUUCAAAUAAUAGAAAAAAUCCAAAACAUCAUUGUAUUUGGGAUAUUAUAUGUAGUAGCAAUAAAACAAUGUGCGACAUCUUCCAGUUA